AUGUCUGGUCUUCUUCAGAACCUGUUCAAGGGAAAAGCGCAGCCUCCUCCAGCCGGCGGGGAUGAUGUAGACUUCGCCGACUUCGCUUCAAACAUCCCCGAACCACCCCCUGCAGCAGCCCACGGCCCACCCACGACCACCGCCACCACCUUCGCCGCUACCAGCACCCUCCAACCACCAAUUGCCGCCCGCCCCGUAUUAUACACAGCAUGGUACCGCGUCUGGGAACGCGUCGAGCCCAGCGACUUCAUCCAGGAGGCCUUCGUGAUCCCCUUCAUCAUCCUCCUCCUGUGCGUGCACGUAUGGGGCAUGGGUAAGAACAGGCGCAAGGCCAAGCAGUGGGCGCAGGCGCAUCUGCCCACGCUCGAGAGCGAAUUUGCUGUCGUGGGGUAUGAUGGGCGUCCACGGGCACGGAAGCCGCCGUCCGCUGACGCUGACGAUGAUACUGCUGCUGGUGGUGUUGACAGCGUGAACGUGCCGGAGUCGAUGUUGAAGGAGAAGACUGGGACGGAGUUCACGAUGUAUGCGACUGGGCGGCAGAAUGUGGCAUUCCUGGAUGUCUCGAUUAGGUUGCUCAAAUGGUAUAAUCCGCUCUACAUGCUUGGUGAUCAGGUUGUUAGUUUGUUUUUUGACUCAUGGGCGGCGCCUGUGGAGCGGGUGGAGUGUGUUGCGUAUGCGUUUGAUGGGAAGGAGAAGGAUCUUGUUCCUGCGCCGUCUGCUGUGGAGAGCGAGAUGAUUGAGCAGCGGUCUAAGGGGGGAAGUAAUAGUUCGGCCUAUGACGGGUUUGUGUUUGGGAUUGUGCAUAAGAAUUGCAUGCGCAGGCUACGUGAGGAUCGGUAUGACAUCUCCCUAACGUUUACGAGGGAUAUUUCGAAGUUGCCGGAUUGGGCGACUGUUAUGAGCGAGAGUGCGGAGAUUACGGAGAUGAUGCUUACGGCUGAGCUUGUCGAGGCUGUUGCGAGGGCUGGAGAUGAUUUUGAGUAUUUGAUCAUUACGGAUCAGCCGCUGGAUAAGCCUACGAAAAUCGACGAAACCACCCCUCGCAAACGCGUCAACCUCUCACUCCGCCUCCCCAAAUCCUCCAACUACACCCACACCCUCCCCCUCUUCACCCAAUUCCUCCGCCUGACUGACCGCCUCGUCUCCGUCGCCCACUUCCGCGCCGAGGUCAGUCGCAAGCUGCGCAAUACGCGCGAGGAAGAGAUUCGUAAGCUCCGCCGUGCUUAUGAGGAGGAGAAGGCUGAGGAACGCAAGUUGUUGGCGGAGAAGACGAAGAAAGAGGAACGUGAUAGGCUGUUGAGGGGUAUGUCUGCCGAGGAGCAGCGGAAGUAUUUGGAGAAGGGAGAGAGAGAGGGAGGUGAAGAGGGGGUUGAAGAGGACUACGAGGAAGGGGUAGGUGUUGUGAAGGGGUUGUUUUUUGUUUGA